GACGCUCCCACACACAAACAAGUUUGGAGUAAUAAUGAGUAAUUUGUAGAUGGUAGUGGCACUUGUUGUGUGUGAAAUUCUCGUGUCUCCCCGGUGCAAUUAAAUAAUUAAUAAACAAAUUAAAUAUAUUUAGAAAUAAUUGAGUUAUUAAAUAAAUAGUUAUAUUUGCAAUGUCGAAAUUUCAUAAAGUUGAAAUUAAUAAAACAGAAUGGGAAGUUCCAGAAAAAUAUCAGAUGCUGACACCAGUCGGGUCUGGUGCUUAUGGACAAGUAUGCUCUGCAUUGGAUGUUAAGACAAAUCAAAAAGUUGCAAUUAAAAAAUUAGCACGACCAUUUCAAUCAGCUGUACAUGCUAAAAGAACAUAUCGUGAAUUACGUAUGUUAAAACAUAUGAAUCAUGAAAAUGUGAUUGGUCUGUUGGAUGUAUUUCAUCCAGCUUCAACAAUUGAAGAUUUCCAACAACUAUAUCUUGUAACACAUUUAAUGGGUGCUGAUUUAAAUAACAUUGUUAGAACACAAAAAUUAUCAGAUGAUCAUGUGCAAUUUCUUGUUUAUCAAAUAUUGAGAGGAUUAAAAUAUAUACACUCAGCUGGUAUUAUACACAGGGACCUGAAACCAUCUAACAUUGCUGUUAAUGAGGAUUGUGAUUUAAAAAUUCUUGAUUUUGGUUUAGCAAGACCAACUGAAACUGAAAUGACUGGAUAUGUUGCUACCAGAUGGUACAGAGCACCAGAAAUAAUGCUCAAUUGGAUGCAUUAUAAUCAAACUGUUGAUAUUUGGUCUGUUGGAUGUAUCAUGGCUGAAUUAUUAACUGGAAGAACAUUAUUUCCUGGCACAGAUCAUAUUCAUCAAUUGAAUCUCAUAAUGGAAGUUUUGGGAACUCCACAUGACGAGUUUAUGCAGAAAAUGUCAUCAGAAUCGGCUCGAAAUUAUAUUCAAAGUUUACCACCAUUAAAAAAGAAAAAUUUUAAAGAUGUUUUUCGAGGAGCAAAUCCACAAGCAAUCGAAUUGCUUGAACUUAUGCUGGAACUUGAUGCUGAUAAACGUAUAACAGCUGAACAAGCCUUGGCUCAUGCAUAUCUAUCGCAAUAUGCUGAUUUAACUGAUGAACCAGUAUCAUCACCAUAUGAUCAAAGCUUUGAAGACAUGGAUCUUCCAGUUGACAAAUGGAAAGAGCUUAUUUAUCAUGAAGUUGUUACAUUUAAACCACAACAAUUAAUAUCAACAACAUCAUCAACAUCAUCAUCACAUGAACCUGAUCAUCAAUCGUAGUACCUUUGUUUUCAUAAUUAAUUAAUUAAUUAAUUUUUCUAUAUAUAAUAAAUUGUUCAAACAAUUGAACAUUUCGAAUAAUAAAUAAAACGUGCAAGACUAACAAUAAUGUAAAUAUUAAUAUAUUUCAAUUAAACUUGAUUAUUUUGUUGAAAUAAACAACAAGAAAAAUUAUUGUAAAAUAAAGUAUAGUUUUUUUUUUUUUUUUUCUAUCAAAUGUAAGAUGAUAAAUAACAAAUAAUUAUUAAAGUUUAAUAAUAAGUAUAUAAUUUUGUUUGUAUAAUUAUUAUUUUUUAUUUUAAACAUAAAAUAUUUUGUACAAUUGUCAAAAUAUUAAUUAAUUAAUUAAUUAUAUCAUUGUUAUUGUUAAGUUCAAUUUGUUAAUUGUUUCUUUAUUAUAAAAUCAUGUGUUUUUUUUUUUCUUUUCUAAAAUUAUAUAUAUAUUUUUUAAAAACAUUUGUUUUUACUCCGAAAUAUAAAAUUCUUGAAAAUAAAUAAAAAUUAUAAAUAGAAUAAAAAAUUAUUGUCAUUAUUAUUAUCAAAUAUUUUAAAUAAAAAAUCAAAAAUUUUAAUUUG